CUUGUCCCCUAAAACUUUGUCACUGUGCCCACUGCCCACUGCAUAUACGACGUCAUGAGUAGACCGCCAAAUCCACCCCUUUCUGAACUGCAAAACCAACUACUUGAACAACACCAUCACAGCUACCUUUCGCUAGAACGCUGCGCGGCUGAUACACUUUGCAAUGGGUAAUCGUGUUUCUCGAAGGUCUGUGAAGAGAAAUGACAGUCCAAAGAUCCCUUACCGAAUGGAUUUCGAAAGAAAGCCGCCCUAUAUUCCUAAAGAUGAAGUCAAAAAUAUUGAGGCGUUCCCCCGUGGAACAGGAGGGCUCGGCGAUGUCUGGAAGUGUUUUUGGUGUCGACCAUCCGGGACGCGUAAGGUUGCGGUCAAAUCAGUUAGGAUUCCUCAAGGCAAUGAUGAACUGUUGGUGAACAGGGCCAGGAAGAAAAUUCGUCUUGAUUCUUAUGUUUGGGUCACUUUGGCACAUGACAAUAUUCUCAUCCUUCAUGGCAUUACCGAGGGCUUCGGGCUACUUCCGGCACUAGUUUCUCCGUGGACGGAAAAUGGGUCGCUCGAUACCUACCUGAAUCAGGGACAUAUUCUUUCCAAAGCCAACAAACUGAGAAUGUUAAGACAGAUCGCAGCCGGCCUCGAUUACUUGCAUGGCAGAGGAGUGGUUCAUGGCGAUUUGACAUCUACCAAUGUUCUGAUUAACGACGAUGUAAAACUCUGUCUUGCAUACUUCGGUCUCUCGAUGAUCCUUAUAGAAGCACAAAACUCUCCCUUUGAUGACUGCCACCCAGGUCAUGUGCGGUGGAUGGCACCCGAGAUGCUCGCUAUACCUGAACAAGGAGGAGUGGUGAUGCCCACCAAAGCCGCAGAUGUUUACUCAUAUGGUUGCAUCAUGCUUCAGCUGUUGUGCGAACAUGUGCCUUAUCGCUGGCUAAUGCAACCGUUUCAUGUUAUUGUAGCAAGAGUCUCAAGAAUAGAACCCUUCCGUCAAGUCACUGGUGUUAAAGAGGCACACAAGGAGUAUUCAUUGAAAUGUUUAUCCGUUAACCCCAAAGAUCGACCAAUGGCCUUUGAGAUCGUGGAGUUCUUCGAAUGAGAGUAAUGACAUUGUAUCGGAUAAGCUAGUCAAGGACACCAUCAUGAUGUAUUCGGACGCAUCUGCCAAAAGUUCUGCUGCCAUGCAGACUUUUAGAGUUACAAUAAUCUGUACUUGAGGGAUG